AUGGCAGAAGGCCAAGACAUUGAUUUGGAUUCCGUAAUUGAUCGGCUACUCGAAGGUGAGCGUCGUGCCGGUCCAUCGCGUCGCGGCGACCUCGGCCCUGUGCUGUCCUGUCCGCCUCGUGCAUGGGGUUCGGCGAUGCCCACUCGCAUCCACGAGUCGUCUUUGACCGCCGCCGCCGCCCUGUGUGCCGACUUCGUACGCUACGCCAGCCUGGCCCGCCCAGCUGGGGACAAAGGGAUCAUCAGUCCUCAUCAUGCCAAGCCGCCGAUUCCCGACCGCGUUCCGGCGCACGCGUGGCCGAGACGGAGUGCGCUCGAUGAGUGCAGCGGCUCCCUCCUACCGCCGUUGCGAGAACGGGAAGGAGCAUGUUCCGAAUCGAACCCACGCUUUCUUAUUCACUUUUGCUGUCGAACGGGGCUGACGCGCGCGCGCUUCUCUUCCCGCUCGUCCACAGUCCGAGGCAACCGACCAGGGAAGCAGGUCCAACUGCAAGAGUACGAGAUCAAGUUCUUGUGCACAAAGGCGCGCGAGAUCUUCAUCAAUCAACCGAUACUGCUCGAGCUUGAGGCACCCAUCAAGAUCUGCGGUCAGUAAACUGGUCGCGUAGUGAUCGUUUGCAGUAGUACUCACGCCCCGUUCAACGGUCCGUCUCUCAUAGGUGACAUCCACGGGCAAUACUAUGACCUGUUGCGACUGUUUGAAUACGGUGGCUUCCCUCCGGAAGCAAAUUACCUCUUCUUGGGUGAUUACGUCGAUCGGGGCAAGCAGUCGCUCGAGACCAUCUGUCUUUUGCUCGCCUACAAGAUCAAGUACCCGGAGAACUUUUUCAUCCUCCGUGGCAACCAUGAGUGCGCCAGCAUCAACCGAAUCUAUGGCUUUUACGACGAAUGUGCGUCCGUCGUGGGCCGUGUAUAUGUCUGCGUGGCGAGAACUCGGGUUGCUGACUGCCUUCCUUUGCUGCCUCCUUCCCUGACAGGCAAACGGCGGUACAACAUCAAGCUGUGGAAGACGUUUACGGACUGCUUUAACUGCUUGCCGAUCGCCGCCAUUAUCGACGAAAAGAUCUUUACCAUGCACGGUGGCCUGAGUCCGGACUUGCAGUCGAUGGAGCAAAUCCGACGCGUGAUGAGGCCGACCGACGUCCCCGACACGGGACUGCUGUGCGACUUGCUGUGGUCGGACCCGGACAAAGACAUAACCGGGUGGAGCGAGAACGAUCGCGGUGUAUCCUUCACAUUCGGGCCCGACGUCGUCUCACGCUUCCUGCAAAAGCACGACAUGGACCUCAUCUGCCGCGCCCACCAAGUUGUCGAGGAUGGGUACGAGUUCUUUGCAAAGAGGCAGCUCGUGACCUUGUUCUCUGCACCGUGAGUCGCGAUUGAGGGACGCGUUGCCACGGCCACUUCCGCUGACCAUGUUCCUGUCUGCCCCCCUCGCCGAUCGAGUCGAGUCGUCUCCAGAAAUUGUUCGUACCAUAUCGGAUCGCGCUUUUUGGUUUCAAACUGCGACGAUCGACGCUAACCUCGCAAGUUCACUUAUGCCACAGACUGCGGAGAGUUCGACAACGCUGGUGCGAUGAUGUCGGUCGACGAGACAUUGCUGUGCUCCUUCCAAGUACGUUCCCUCUGACGACACGGGCGCCGAUCGGUGUGAUAUACCCCCGUGGUGGUCACUGACCUGCUUGCUUCUCCUUUUGUAGAUCCUGAAACCGGCAGAAAAGAAAAAGACCUUUUCUUAUGGCGGCAGCGGGCAAGGACGACCGGUCACGCCUCCUCGCAAAUCAAAGGGAGGCAAGGGCAAACAGACCUAA